AUGGAAAUGGAGCUUGAUGCUUCAUAUCAGUGCAAUCGUAGCCUCAGCAACAGUAAGAAUCCAUCUUCUUCCUCCUCCUUCCGCCUCCGCAGUCCAAGUCUCAACUCCCUCCGCCUCCGCCGUAUCUUCGAUCUCUUCGACAAGAACAGUGAUAACAUGAUCACUAUGGACGAGCUCGGUCAAGCGCUUGGUCUUCUCGGUCUGGAUGCCGGAUUAUCCGAAUUAGAAUCAAUGGUCCAAUCAUAUAUUGAACCAGGAAAUACUGGUCUCAGAUUCGAAGACUUCGAGACUUUGCAUCGUUCGUUGAAUGACGUCUUUUUCGGGUUGGAUGAUGAAAAUAUCGAUGAAGAGUCGGAUCUUACUGAGGCAUUCAAGGUUUUCGACGAGGACGGGGACGGGUACAUUUCGGCGAAGGAAUUGCAGGUUGUUUUGGGGAAAUUAGGGUUGCAAGAAGGGAUGGAAAUUGAGAGAGUUGAGAAAAUGAUAUCUUCCGUUGAUCGGAAUCACGACGGGAGAGUAGAUUUCUUUGAGUUCAAGGAUAUGAUGCGCAGUGUUAUGAUUCCUUCUUGA